AUGCCCACAUUAUGGGAUUCCGGACUGGCUUCAAGUGCAAUUCCGGACUGGCUUCAAGUGCAAACCUUCUACAAUGGAUUGAACCCAGCCACAAGACAAAUGAUAGAUGCUGCAGCUGGGGGCACUUUGAAUAGCAAGACACCAAGGGCUACACAAGAACUGUUUGAAGAAAUGGCAAUGAACAACUAUCAGUGGAGCUCAACUCGAUCCAAACCUGCGAAAUCCACGGGGAUCUAUAGUCUUGAUGCAGUAACAUCCUUGGCAAUGCAAGUGGAAACCUUAGGGAAGAAGAUUAAUGGUUUAUCUGUUAACCAUCAAGUUGCUCCGGUAAUGAGAUGUGAUAUUUGCAGAGGAGGCCACCCUAAUCAUGAGUGUCGAGCUACUCAGGAAGAACCUGCCAAUGUGAUAGGAAACAUACCACCUUAUCAAAAUUAUAAUGGCAUGAAUAAUCCGGGCUGGAGGAACUAUGCAAACCAACCAUGGAAUAACAACCAACAGCCAAUGCGGAACAACACACUCACAGGAUUUCAACAAGCUUCACAUCCACCACCACCCCCACUUGAAAAGAAGUCAAACCUUGAGGAAUUGAUGACCAAAUUCAUUCAAACUUCAGAAUCUCGGUUUCAAUCUACCGAGACAGCACUAAGAAAUCAACAAGCCUCUAUCCAUAAUCUAGAAAUUCAGUUGGGUCAAAUUUCUAGACUUCUCUCAAAAAGACCCCAAGGAAGCUUGCCUGGCAAUACUGAGACUAAUCCUAGGGAGCAGGUCAAUGCAGUAACAUUAAGGAGUGGCAGAACAUUACAAGAGAAGGGGAAGCAAGAAACAGAAAAAGAUACAGCUGAAGAGAAGGAUAAAUGUCAAGAGGAGACUGUGGAAAAGCCCCACGUAGUGAAAGAAUUCAUACCCCCACUUCCCUACCCAGCAAGAUUGAAGAAAGACAAGGAUGAUGAACAAUUUGGUAAAUUUCUGUCCUUAUUUCGUCAACUUCAUAUUAAUUUACCGUUUGUUGAUGCCUUGGCACAGAUGCCCAAGUACGCCAAAUUUCUGAAGGAUCUACUGUCCAACAAGAAGAAAUUGGAGGAGUUGGCCACAGUAACUCUGAAUGAAGAAUGCUCAGCAAUUCUGCAAAACAAGAUGCCUGAAAAAUUGAAGGAUCCAGGGAGUUUUACUCUUCCUUGUCUCAUUAGUAGAUUGAUAGUUGAUAGGGCUUUAGCUGAUUUAGGUGCUAGCAUUAAUUUGAUGCCAUAUUCUAUUUUUAAGAAAUUAGGUUUAAGGGAACCUAGGCCAACUAGGAUGAGUCGUCCAUUUUUAGCUACUGCAGGAGCUAUAAUUGAUGUGAGGGAUGGAAAGUUAAUUUUGAGGGAAUUCUUGAUUUCAAACCCAUUGGAAAGAAACUUAGUUCAUGAUAGAGGAAAAGAUGAUAUGAGCUUGGUAACUCAAGAACAGUGGUGUCAUUUAGAAGCCACUAAGCCAUUAUGGAGAAAGAGAGACUUCAAAGUUUUGGAGUGGAAAUCAGAGAAGCAACCCAACCCAUCCAUUAAUGAACCACCAGAUGAAAAAUUGAAGGUUUCCUCUCCAAUUGAAUCCCAGAUUAGCUUUGCUUCCCACGACUCUUUGCUUACUUAUUUACUUUUCAGGGAAGUUUCAGUUGCACUUUAA